CAACACGACGGCGCGACAAAAUCGUAUAUUCCAGAAAAUUAUUCUUAAAAUCGACCCAAGGACGAUAGUGAAUGAUAUUUUAUUAUGGAUAAUCUGAUCGACGUGUAUUAUCUGAUCCAAUUGAUUGUUAGGCAGAUUUUAAUAUUUUUGCGAAACUUCGUCUUCCACGAGUUUACGUGGUUCGCCCCCACAGAGGAAGAUCUAGAUACUACGAGUUCAAAAAUACACGCCGUUGCGCCGCAACAUCCCGCCGCUGAUCUUUUCGUAUUCCUUGUCGUUUGUGGACUCCUUUUUGCAUUUAUGAUGUUGUCCAUGAAUUCUCCCAAGAGCGAAGAAUCGCGCUACGACAUAAGUAACAUUGAGACGAUUUCCAUGACUCUCGAAGAGGACCCGUCAUCCUUCUGGUAUUCGACAGCGGAAUUAACGAAUUGUUUCCACGCUUGCGGCGAUUCGAUUGGUCCAUCGUGCGACACCGUUCCGAAGAUGCAAAAUAUUUCGCGUUCGGUUAUCUCGAACACCAGGAUGUUACAACGUACAGAAUCUAGAAUCUCACAUUGUAACACCCACUCUAACCAUAUUAAGCACUCUCAGAAGACACGAGCGAAUCGUCCUGUUUCUCAGACGAUGCCCCGAGAAUGGUUGAUAAGACGGACUAGGAGCGGUCAAGUCUAUGGAAAAUAUCCGAUUUAAAGAAACAAGUGAUCGACGUCGCAGUCAAUCAAUAAGGGGAUCUAUUCGUAAC